CAGCAGGAAGUGAAAUAACCAUCCACAUCAUAUCCGUGAACCACAACAAAGUGUAUCCAAGACAGCCCGAGGAACUUCUACUCUGACAGUCUGCAGAUGCCAUCUGGAGCUCCAAAGGGGGAGAACUGCCUUGUAGAUAUGGACAGCAAGGCCGGGGAUCUGUUCAGUGCUGAGGAUGCUCAUCCAACUGGCACAGGAGGAGCUGGAAUCUUGGCAAAGCUCUGGCUCCCCAAAGGCUUCUCAGCCAGUAUGGCCAAAGAGUGGAUUGACAGGCGCAGAUUGUCCAUUCGUCCAUGGGCAGGCUUUGUGGACCAACGCAAGUUUUCGAAACCCCGCAACUUUGGGGAGUUUUGUCAGAGGGUGGUAAAAAAUGUGGAAAUUUACAACAGCAACUAUACCUUCAUCUUCCUGGGUCUCAUCCUCUACUGCAUUAUCAGCUCUCCCAUGCUGUUGAUUGCCUUGGCUGUGUUUGCUGGUGCCUUCUACAUAAUCCACCUCAAGUCUCUGGAGUCCAAACUGGUUGUCCUUGGCAGGGAGCUGACUGUCCCCCACCAGAUGAGUCUGGCUGGAGCUGUCUCUCUACCGGUGUUCUGGUUGGCUGGAGCUGGAGCUGCAGUCUUUUGGGUUCUGGGAGCGACACUGUUUGUGAUUGGCUCUCAUGCUGCGUUCCGCGAGGUGGAGGGAUCCGACAUAGAGGAGCUCAUGAUGGAGCCUGUGUGAAGAGCGGGCUAAACCCUCAGCAGGAGCUGGUUGACCACCAGUCUUUAUUUUGACCCUGUAAUCAGCUCAGUGUGGUUGGGGAAAAACUGCUCCUAGAUCUGUUCCUUAGCUACAUGUGCAUUAUGUAUUCCCUUCUUUUAAACUUAUGCCAGUGUACCAAGAAUGUACCUUGUCUUGCCUCUGAAAUAAGUGUUGUUACAGACUGUAUAGCCUUUUUAGGACUCAUUCAUACUAAAAAUUCCUCUCUUAAUGCAUAUUUAAGCACAUAAUCAUGCAUAUUAUAUGCCUUUCUCUACAUAUUUUGUACCUUGGAUGCCUCUGGUCUGUGUCAAAUAGCCUCCUGUUCCUUGCAUUGUCCCUCAUAUAACAACAGAUCUCGCAACUUAAAAGACCACCUGUGCUGAACAGUAUCUUGGGAAAUAGCUUCUGGGUCUAAACUGUCUAUUAGGAAUGCUGAUUUCUUAUGUUAAGAUAAAGGAAUGUAUACAUGCAAUGGUCACAAUUCUAAAUUGCUUAAAAAAAUAAUUCAUUUUCCAAAGGAAAUGUGCCAUUUAAAGCUUUAAAGAUAUCUAUCAUAAUCAUGCACAAAUAAAAUGAAAUGUUUUGCAAUGCACAAACUAAUUUGUUAUUUCAGAUAGGCUACUUAAUAACAACUAGUUGAUGAGAAGAUGAUGCAAAAAAUACUUUAUUUCAGAUAGAUUACUUAAUAUAGAUAGAUGGUGAAAAGGGUGAAAAGACAUUUUAAAAGGUCAGUAUGUAGUGAUGGUAUUUUGUAUUGGGAACAAUGUGGUACUUGUGCUGACUGUCUACAUACUAAAUAUGCAUAUUUCUCAGCUCUGUUCACAACAUUCAGAUCUGAAGGUCAUUCUGUAAAUUCCUUUUUUUUUUGAAAAUCGUUAUUCAUUUGUUUACAUUUCAAUGUACGAUUUUGUAUUUAAAAGACAUUUUGGGUGUGCAAUAAACCUCUCAUGUAAA